GCAUUUUCAGAACCAAGCAAGCGAUCCCUCAACGAGGAUGGGGGCGAUGGAUGGUGGCGUCGAGACCAACGUGACGGUGGACGUUGAGCCUUCGCUCACGAUCAAGACUUCCGUGAGCAUCUACUUCACGAUCUUCGCGGUUGCAUGGAUCGUAUUCCUGUACUUGCAAAAGCGCAAGCCGAGCAUCUAUGCUUGUCGCAACGAAAGCACCGAAACGGCGUCCGUCGCGGUGGACUCGGGGACCAUGUUUGGAUGGAUCAAGUCGACUUGGACAGUGAGUGAUGACGUUUUGUUUGAGUUUUGCGGCCUCGACACACUCGUCUUUUUGCGCGUACUCGCUCUUGGACGCAAACUCGCAUUGUGUGGGAUUGGUUUGAGUGCAGCGCUCUUCCCGCUUUACGCCACGGGAACGAAUCCGGAUGAAGAAGCGGGCCGACGAAAGGAUAUUGACCCUCUGGAACGUAUUACCAUGUCGAACUUGAGCAACGGCGAGCCGCGGCUGUGGGCGUCCGUGGUUGCCAUGUACUUGAUGAGUUUCUAUGCCAUGUACUUGUUUCGCGCCGAGUAUCAGUACUAUGUGAAGCGCCGGCACGAAUUCCUCAGCCGCGAUGACCUACAACAGUACACUGUGCUCAUCAAUGACUUACCCCUGAGCUUGCGCACACCCCACACACUCAAGUACUACAUGGAUUACUUGUUUCCUCAAGACGUGCAGGGUGUCACCGUCGCGAUUGAGUGUGCGGACCUGGAAAAAUCUGUCGCGAAGCGCGAAAAAACGCGCAAUUCGCUGGAGCAUGCGAUGGCCGUGUCGGCGCAGACUGGCACGCGCCCAACGUACCGCCCCAAGAAGGAACUGCAAAAAGAAUACGACGCGAUUGAUUAUUUCACGGAAAAACUCGCGAAAUUAAACAAAAAGGUCAUGGACAAGAACGACUACCUCAUCAAGAAGCAGCAAGAAUUGGAAGCCGAGUGCGUUGCCACGGGCGUCGAAGCGGCAGCGUUCGCAUCCGCGGCGACCGUCGGCGUUGCGAUGGGCGGCGUGGUGGGGCUCCCGGACGACUUGCAUCGCCAUAUUAAAAAUGGCAUCACCCGCAGCUCGGCUUUUGUCAGCUUCACGUCGCUUCAAACGGCGCAAACGGCACAGCAAAUCUUGCAGACGGAGAACCCAAUGGAAAUGGAAAUCGUCGCGGCGCCGCAGCCCGACGACAUUGUGUGGGAGAACAUUGGUCGGUCCAAACAAGAAAAGGACUCGUGGCGCUUGAUUUCCACGGCCAUUUCGACGGCGGUGAUUUUGUUUUGGACGAUUCCGACCGCGGCGGUCGUGGCGUUUUCGACGGUCGACAACCUCCAAGUAAAGCUGAAUUUGACCCAGUUCUUCCAAGACUACCCGUGGAUGAUUCAAGUAUUCAAGCAAAUCAGUCCGUUGGGGCUCGCUAUCAUGACGGCGCUCGCGCCCAUGAUCAUGACGUACCUGAGCAAGCGCGAAGGCCACCCGAGUGGCGCCCAGGUCAAGGGGUCGACCUUUGCCAAGCUCAUUUACUUUCAAACGUUUCAGAUUUUCUUCGUGUCGGUGAUCGCCGGGUCCCUCAUUGAGUCGUUGGCGAAAGUCCUAGACCAACCGCAGCUCCUCAUCAAGAUGCUUGGGUCGUCGAUUCCGGCUCAAGCGACCAUGUUUAUGACGUACCUCAUCGUGAAGAUUGGCGUCGACCUAGACUUGGAACUCCUCCGCGUGAUGCCGCAGAUUCUCGGCCUCGUGUACAAACUGUUUGCCCCGAAAGUGACGGCCCGCGAGCGCCGGUCCCCGUGGUUUGGGCUGCAACCAGCGACCAUCCCUGGCGAUUUCGACACGGGCGGCGCGCUGCCCGAUUAUUUCUUGGCGCUGCUGCUCGUCGUAACCUUUUGUGCGAUCGCGCCACUGCUCAACUACUUUGCGUUGAUGUACUUUGUCGUGGCCGAGCUCGUGUUUCGUCGCCAAGUGCUAUACGUGUACGACCCGUCGCCGCACUCGACCGGCGUGUACUGGCCCCAGCUCCACACAUUUCUCGUGGGCGCGCUGCUUUUGGCCCAAGUCACGUUUCUCGGCAUGAUCUCGCUCAAGGUUGCCCCUGGCCCGAUCGUGGCCGCCACAGUCCUGCCGUUCCUGUCGGCCGUGUACUACUUGUACAUUGAAGGAGUAUUCCCCCGGUCGGCCAAAAACCUUCCGCUCUUUUCGUGCGCGCGCUUGGACAAGCAGCGAGCGUCGCAAGAGUUUUCAAACCUGUCGAGCGCGUUCAUCCAGCCAGCGUUGACUGCCAGUGGCCCGAUCAAGCCCGACUACAGUGAGCUCGCGACGUGCGUCGAGGAUCAUCCCCAGACCACCCUCGACAACGCGCACGGAUCGGCCCAAGGGGGUGACUUGAAGGGGUUCCACAUUUAGGCAGCGACCGACCUCUGCUUCAUGUGUCGACGUGUGUGCGUUUCCCACUGCAAACGGCGUCUCGGACGAUGUAGGUAGAUUGUGAAACAUAAUGGCAUGACUCGCCUCAAGACAUGGAUGCCUCUGGGGGCUUGUGGCACUCGUUUGGCACGUCC